ACUACUAGCACAGGAGAAGAGUAGAAUUGAGGGAUAGAAGUCGCCAUUAAUCAGCUUCUCAGUCGUUUCUGCAAAUUCCAAGGGUUUCUGUUACAGUAUUUCAUUUGUUACCGCAGCAUCGAAUUCUCUAUCUCCAUUGAAGACGGUUUCAACAUUACAGCCUUCACGGAUCUCUCCUUCAUAGGGUUUCUAUUGUUAUUGCUCUUUAGUUCCCAAUUUUUCAUUCAUGGCGGAGGUUUUGAACAUGCCUGUGGAAUCUCUAGAUCGUCGCCGCGACCGGCAGUCUGAGGGAAGGGAUAAAUCUGACGAUGAACCACCUCCGCCACCACCACCACCACCACCGCCGCCGAGGAAAAGAGACCGAGAUUCGAGGGAGAGAAGAGAUGACCGUGACAUCGAUCGUCCUCCAAGUCGACGUAGCGAUUACCAUGACCGUAACAGGUCUCCUCCCCCGAAGGAUAGGGACAGGGAUUACAAGCGACGUGGUAGCCCUAGCCCUCCGCCGUAUCGUGACCGUCGCCACUCGCCUCCGCGAAGGUCUCCUCCGCCACCGCCAUUCAAGCGUUCGAGGAGGGAUGAUGGUUAUGAUGGACGCCGUGGAAGCCCUAGAGGUGGUGGUUUUGGACCGGACGAUAGAAGGUUUGGCUAUGAUUAUGCGGGUGGAUAUGAACGUGGAGGGGGGAGACAUGGCUAUGCUGAUGAAAGGUCUCAUGGUCGAUAUAUGGGUCGAUCAUCUGGUGGCUAUCAAGAUUGGGAUUCUGGUCGUGGUGGUUAUGGUGAUGCUUCAAACACAGGGAGCACACAAAGGGAAGGCUUGAUGUCAUAUAAACAAUUCAUCCAAGAGCUUGAAGAUGAUAUACUGCCCUCUGAAGCUGAGCGCCGGUAUCAAGAAUACAGAUCAGAGUAUAUUUCGACUCAGAAACGUGCUUACUUUGAUGCUCACAAGGAUGAGGAAUGGCUGAGAGACAAGUACCACCCAACAAACUUACUAUCAGUCAUAGAAAGGAGGAAUGAAAAUGCUCGGAGAUUCGCUAAGGACUUCUUGUUAGAUUUGCAGAGUGGAACGUUGGACCUAGGUCCAGGUAUCAAUGCUGCAUCAUCAAACAAAUCAGGACAAGCAAGUGAUCCUAACUCUGAGGAUGAAGCAGAUGCUGGUGGCAAAAGAAGACGACAUGGUAGGGGGCCAGCUAAAGAAAAUGAUCUCCAUUCAGCUGCUCCAAAAGCUCACCCAAUCAGCUCUGAACCUAGGCGGAUUCAAGCUGAUAUUGAACAAGCUCUGGCUCUUGUACGUAAACUUGAUCGAGAAAAAGGGAUUGAGGAAAAUAUUUUGUGCAUGGCCAAUAAUGACAAAAUGGAAGGGGAGAAAACUCAUGGUGGAUCUAUGGGGCCGAUAGUAAUUAUUAGGGGUUUAACUUCUGUCAAGGGCCUUGAGGGAAUUGAGCUUUUGGAUACACUCUUUACUUAUCUUUGGCGCAUCCAUGGUUUGGAUUACUAUGGCAUGAUUGAGACAAGUGAAGCUAAAGAUCUUCGGCAUGUGAGGGCAGAAAGCAAGAGCCAGGAUGAAACAAGUGCUACUGGGGCUGAGUGGGAAAAUAAACUUGACUCAUUUUGGCAAGGAAGGUUGCAGGGUCAAGAUCCGUUGGAAAUAAUGACAGCCAAGGAGAAGAUAGAUGUGGCUGCUGUCGAAGCUUUGGAACCUCAUGUCAGGAAAAUAAGGGAUGAGAAGUAUGGGUGGAAGUAUGGCUGUGGAGCAAAGGGUUGCACAAAGCUUUUCCAUGCUGCUGAGUUUGUGCAUAAGCAUCUGAGGCUGAAACACCCAGAGCUUGUGAUGGAAUUGACUGUAAAAGUGCGUGAAGAUCUGUAUUUCCAGAAUUACAUGAAUGAUGCAGAUGCACCUGGUGGACAACCUGUCAUGCAGCAAUCUCAACCGAAGGACAAGUUGCCACGGCGUAGGCCUGGUCCAGAGAGUCGAUUGAGGGAUGAUCGUGGAAACCGUAGAGAGCAUAACAGGGCUGAUAGAGUUAACGGUGAUGAAAGAUUUGAUAGGGCUGAGAAUUCGCCAUCCCGUGAUUUCCAGUCCAAUGCUGGUGGCCUGGAAGGAGGGAAUCCAGAUGACCCAAUGUUUGAUGCUUAUGGUGGACAAGGAAUGCGAGCUGCUCCCCCUUUUCCCUCAGAUAUUCCCCCUCCUCCACCAGUACUGAUGCCUGUACCUGGUGCUGGCCCAUUGGGACCUUUUGUUCCUGCACCACCAGAAGUUGCAAUGCGGAUGUUGCGGGAGCAGGGUGCACCUCCUCCUUAUGAGGGUGGUGGUAGGAAGGGGCGGUCUGGCCCGCAGGUAGGCGGACCAGCACCUAUUAUUUCUGUGUCUCCUGCUUUCCGGCAGGACCCUCGACGUAUUCGGAGUUAUCAGGAUCUUGAUGCCCCAGAAGACGAAGUCACAGUGAUAGACUACAGGAGUUUGUAGGUGUUAUCUGUUUUCAGUUGGUUGUAGAUCCUGAGUUGACAUUCUGGAGUCUCAGCAAGUGGGAAAGGCACAGUUCCUCUCGGAGUGGCUACUCUUGUUUUUUGAGUAUCGUUGAAGAGGAAAAGCUACUAACUCCAGGCUUGCUAGCAAUGGCGGUGGUGGAACCACAAUAAUUGUAAUGGAAUCCUUCACCUCUCUUGUACAAUAGUCAAAAGGAUUAAUUGAUUACAUGCUCUGCUACACAUGUUAAAACUAUUACAUGCAGUGCUACACAGUCUGUUUGUGCUCUUGAUUGGGUA